ACCAUCACCAGUGUGAUAAUUAUGGUCAUCUAUCUUCUUCUCUCCCUGCCAUCAGUCCUCGCUGCCCUUAGGGCCUCCCCAUGUUAUCAUCCCCAGUCUCUCCGAAUCGUAUGGAGCAGAACCUCUUCGCUGAUGCAGCAAAGAAACGUAGAAAGGGUGCUACCCGUCUUUCGUGUGCAGAAUGUAGACGUCUGAAGUUACGUUGUGACAGAGCGAUUCCUUGUGGCUCAUGCGUUAAACGUGGCUGUGGUGCCAUCUGUCCAGAUGGUUCUUUGACAACAGGCCAGGGCAAUAGAUUCGUGUUGGCAUCAACUCAAGAGCUUCACGAAAAGAUUUCAGAACUCUGUCAGCGUGUGCGAGAUUUAGAAGAUGCUCUUCGUCAUUCCCACUCCCUAGUGUCCACAGACAGGCACUGUCUAUUGACUGAGGAUUUAUUACAAAUCAAGUCACCUUUGCAGCGCGAGCCCCCAAGCAAUAGAAACCUCCCUCGAUGUGAAGCCAAGGAAGAAGAGCAGAACGGCGAGGUCGUUGACGCUUUUGGCUCCUUAUCGAUCAGUGCUUCUGGAGGCGCAAAAUACUUUGGUUCCAUCGCCAACUCCUGGUAUUUCCUACAGAAUGAAGCAAGUGAAGAUAACGAAACUGACAGUGAUCGUCUUGCUGCACUUCAAACCGUCCUUCCAGCCGACAUUCUAGCGCGAAGUGGGGCGUUCCCAAUUUUGCCCUCAUCACAUUCAUCCAUUCAUGUCGAGAACGUGCGACUUAGAACUCUCUUCUGGUACCUUCCCGAGCACGCCAAGGCUCAAGAAAUAUGUCAAACCUACUAUCGCCUAGGUGCAUGGAUGUACAAUCCCAUAAGCCAGCAGUGCUUCUACGAUGACAUAUAUCCCCAAUUUUACACUCCCAAUGCCGGCCCGCCCUCCGACGACCCACUUCUCUCACACAAAUUGUCUCUCCUCUAUAUGGUUCUCGCAAUUGGCACGCUCAUGGAUGUACACCAACCAGCUUACAACGUUGAGGCCGAGAAAUAUCACCAAUUAGCCCGAGCUUCCCUUUUCCAGAGUUCACUAUUCGAAGAUCCGACCAUUAAUGCUGUUCAAGCUCUUUUCCUCAUGACUUUUUACCUUUUCAUGUCGGACCGACAUGGUUCCAAUUCUGGAGCACGAUGGGCUAUUAUGGGCAUAGCUGUCAAAGUGGCGCAGAGUAUUGGCUUGCACCGAGAUCCCAGUCGGUGGGGAGUGGAUCAAAAGGAGACUCUGCGUCGCAGGGAGCUCUUCUGGGAACUUUACACAUACGACUCAUGGCAGUGUCUUACAUUUGGUCGACCGGUGUCAUUCUAUACGGCCCAUAUGGAUUGCAAAUUGCCAUACUCAAGUGAUGCGCAAGAGGAAAACAUUUUCCAUGCUUGGAAACACCGUUUCACUUCAGAGUGCAUGAGUGUGGUUCACGAUCAAGCAUUUGGUGCCAAAACACCAACGUAUGCCACUGUUCUUCAGCUUGACCGCAAACUUCGUGCCUUCCCUGUCCCCCCAGCGCUGCAAGUCGCCGGUUUUGGUGCCUCUACAGGGCCGGCCGAUACACAUUACUCAGAAAGUGUGAUGCUCAUGCUGCAGCGCCAUAUCGUAUUGGCUAUUCGGGAAAUGAAUCUCCUAUACCUCCACCGAAGUUUCUUUGCACGUGCCGUAACUGACCACCCAAAAGACCCCUUGGGAAGUCCCUAUGGCACCUCGGUCAUUGCUGCUUAUCGCAGUGCGGGCUCACUUGUUGCUCUGAUGCGCAACCUUCAUACUCAAUUGAAGGAGCCAAGUGAGCGUAUCUGGUUCCUUUGGGGUCACAUGUUCUCGUGCGCUAUCGUACUAGGGUCUGUGGUAACCAGAUGUCCAUCCAUGAGUUUGGCCCCUUCGGCGUUGGUGCAAUUGGAUUCCGCUUGUGAAUUAUUUUCGAAAGCAGCUAGGGGUUUCCGUGCCCAGGCCGUCUUGGAGGUGAUGCUCGGCUUGCGGGAGAAAGCGCAUCUCAGCCUCACUGAGCACCGGAAGGGUCAAGUGUCACCGCUCUCGCGUCAACCAUCUGAGCCAUACUCGCCGUAUGAUGACGAAGAUGAACUGGCUACGCUCGGAGGGAAGACGCGUUUAGUUGCGAAGAAGGAUUCACUAUCAGCCUCAUCCUCGCCCGCGGCAUCCUUUGAUCGUUCUCCCACAUCUAUGAAUCCUGUAGUUCCUCUCCCACUUAUGUCAGGAAACCCUCAUCAAGCGGUGCACCCGAACGUUCUGGCUUACCUACGGACUUUCCCGAACGCGGGUCAAUCACAUAACGCAGGGCCGACAUACGCAGAUCCAUCUGCGUAUAGCAUGUCCCCUAUCAGAGAAAAUACGCCUCAUUAUUCGGAAACCUCGGGAUACAACGACUCCCAGGCACCGAUGCAGCCCAUGGAACUCGUCGCAGGACAAUUCCCCAGCUACUUCCCUGUGUAUGAUUAUGGUCUUAGUAGCGAGGCCAAUUACUCGCAAAUGAACGGGCAGAUAUCAUCUACAGGUGUACGCCGCGACUCCCCAGAAAACACAAUGCACAACACUUGGCAAGAGUUUGUGGCACAAAGUGGACUGGGGAUGGGGUCGUAGUAUUCCUCAUGGGCGCCAGGCGAAGGAGGAAAUUUCUCGUCCUGCCUUUCGUGAUGCUCGGGCGACUCCACGGGUUGAAGAUACUGCCCGCUUCCUGCUUUAUCUGAUGGACUAUUAAGGUGAGAUGUACAUAUAACUAGGUAUCUCCUCUCAUAUUGUCUUUGCUACGACGUAGUUUUUCUUGUCAUGGUACCUGUUUUAGUUACUUCCACGACUUGUAUGAUACUUUAUUAUUUCUUGAUAUCUUCAUAUGAUCUCCGAAUCAGAGAUUGCUUGGUAGUCAUCGAUCGCCUUGUAUAGGUUUUGUCUGGCAAGACUCGAUUGAACACAGCUACAUC